CAAUUUCCUGACCCUUGGCCUUCAGUUUCAGGCCCUCAGUCCCAAUUUCCAGACCCGUGGCCCCCAGUUCCUGGUCCUCAUCCGCAGUUUCCUAACCCUCGGCCCCCAGGUCCUGUUAUACACCCACCACACCCCAUAUCUUCACCAUUUGCCCCUAAUCCUGGUCUUCCAAAUCCUACUAUUUGGCCUUCUUUAACUGACUCAUCAUGGCCCGCAGUUACUGUUGAACCAGUUGGGACAUGGUCAGAUUGGGGGCCAUGGGGUCAAUGCGACAAAGUGUGUGGAAAUGGACAUAUGAUCAGAACACGUAACUGCUUGAAUAUAUAUGCACUGGAGUCUAUUAUGAUUUGCUGCCUUGCCUCAUAGAGCCGUGUCCAGGCCCACCUGCUGAUGAUUUCUCUGAAUAUGGAGAUUAUGUUUCUGACUACUUCGGAGAGGAAGACCCAUCUUCCACUCCUCUGCCUAAUAAGGACUUAUUCAAAACUACAUGGUUGAGAUUUAAAAACUUUUGUCCGCAUGGGAAAUUAAUGACUGGCUAUUUCAAUGAUGAUAAAUUUGAAGAUUUUCUUUGCUAUUAUAAAGAUGGAAACAUAGGGCUGUAUUUUUCAUCCAGAAGUGGAGUUUCUGAAAAACUAGACUGGGCAGGUCAUACGAGUGCAUGUCUUCAUUUUGAUGAUGUAUUUGCUCGAGAUGUCACAGGUGAUGGUAUGGAUGACUUAAUAUGCAGGAAUACAAAUACAAAAAAUAUUGAAAUUUUAAUAAAUCAUGGAGGAUCAUUCAGUAAUGCUGCUGACUGGAGGGGACAACGACCGAUCUGUCAAAAGUUACAUGAAGUACUUAACGUAGAAGAUUUAAAUGGAGAUGGAAAAGCUGAUCUAGUUUGUGGGGACCAUGGAAGUGCUUUACAGCAAGUCAUUUUUCAUGAGUAGAAACGAA